GGCGGAGUUGGCCCUAUAUGUCCGCUGCGAAAUGAGGAAUCGUCCAAAUCGUACCCAUCGAUCAGUGCAGCCUACUGGUUGCCAGCACCGACACCGACACCGUACCAAGUGCCAGAACGCAAGCUGUUCGUCGGUAUGCUUAGCAAAAAAUAUAACGAGAACGAUGUUCGACAGCUGUUCUCGGGCCACGGCACCAUCGAGGAGUGUACGGUACUGCGUGACCCGUCCGGGCAGAGUAAAGGCUGUGCUUUCGUAACAUUCGCAACCAAACAGGCCGCGAUCGGUGCUAUUAAGGUGAGUGGCCACCUACAUCAGAGCAAGACGAUGGAAGGCUGCUCGGCACCGCUGGUGGUGAAGUUUGCCGACACGCAGAAGGAAAAGGAUGCCAAACGGAUGCAACAGAUGCAUUCGAACCUGUGGAGUAUGACCGGUAUCAAUCAGCCGAUCACACAAUCGGUAACGCCCCUGACCGCAUCCGCCCAUCCGAACCCACCGCAACAGCAGACACCGUUCCUGGCUGCCGAUGCGAUCUCCCCACCGCUAACGCUGCUACAGCAGCUGCAGGCCGUCGCCCAGCAGCAGCAUCUUCUGCAAGGUACGGCGCAAAAUGGCGUCGGUUCCAUACCCACAUCCAGUGGGACUGAUACGACCUCCGCCGCCGCAAGCCUUCUCGCUCCCAUCUCGUUGCAGAAUCUGGUAACGCUAGCCGGUAUAACGCAACCGUCGCUGCAAACUGCCGCCGCAGCAGCUGCACAGACACCGGCAACGGCCAUCAGCAAUGCAGCGACAUCUUUGUGGACUACCGGAGCUGAUACAGCCACCAGCCUGACUUCGUACGCCGCCUUACCGCAGUAUGGUGCAGCCGCAGCCACUGCAGCAGCAUUCACCCCGACGCCUUUAACCACGCCGACGCUAGCGCAAGCGGUGGCUGCCGCCGCAGGAAAGCAGAUUGAAGGACCGGAGGGUUGCAAUCUGUUCAUCUACCACCUGCCGCAGGAAUUCACCGACACCGAUCUGGCCUCAACGUUCAUGCCGUUCGGAAGCGUCGUAUCGGCGAAGGUAUUCAUCGACAAGCAGACGAACCUGUCGAAGUGCUUCGGUUUCGUGUCGUUCGACAACGUGUCCUCGGCCCAGGCAGCCAUACAGGCGAUGCACGGGUUCCAGAUCGGCACCAAGCGGCUGAAGGUACAGCUCAAACGCUCAAAGGACGCCUCGAAACCAUACUAG